UCUGGAGCUGAUAAAUGCUUUUCAGGACGCAAGAGCAAAGUCAAAGUGCCAUAAAGACAACCACGUGUGUCUACGUCUGACAUCAGCAUCGACGUCUUCCUCAUUCCUGUCUCUUCACUAAGGUGGAGACAACCUUGGACACUUACAGCUUCUACUUGGAAAUUGACGGCACUUGAGGGACGUUAUUGAGUAGAGGGAAGACGGAUGAUCCUGCACGGAGAAAUAAUGACCUCAGCAGAGCAUCGGUAGUAUAGAGUUAGUUUAAUACGUAAAUGAUCAACGUUCACUGAUCAAUCAGGGCUGAGUUUGUCUGAAUUUGAGUCCAGAGAGAAGUCCCAAUAAUGGUGCUGAGCAAGGGCGAUCACGUCUGGGUGGACGUCAGGAACGGGGUCCCGGUAGGGGCUCGGGUCAAGGCGCUGGACGGCAGGCAGGUGCAUCUGCUGGAUGACGAGGGAAAGGAGCGGUGUGUGUCCGAGAGCGAGCAGGCGUCUCUCAGGCUCAUGCACCCCACGUCGGUGGAGGGAGUGGACGAUAUGAUCAAGCUGGGUGACCUGACCGAGGCCGGCGUGCUCAGGAACCUGCUGAUCCGACACAAACAGGACAUCAUCUACACGUACAUCGGCUCAGUGUUGGUGGCCGUGAACCCGUACCAGCUGCUGCCCAUCUACACCGGGGAUCAGGUGCGUCUGUACCACGGGCGUCGCCUGGGUGAGCUGCCCCCCCAUGUCUUCGCCAUCGCAGACUGCUGCUACUACAACAUGCAGAGAAACCAGCGUAACCAGUGCUGCAUCAUCAGUGGAGAGUCGGGAGCAGGAAAGACAGAAAGUACGAAGCUGAUCCUGCAGUUCCUGGCGGCGGUGAGCGGUCAGCACUCCUGGAUAGAGCAGCAGAUCCUGCAAUCGAACCCUGUGCUGGAGGCUUUCGGAAACGCCAAAACAACACGUAACGACAACUCGAGCCGCUUCGGGAAAUACAUCGAGAUCUUCUUUAAUAAAGACGGUGUGAUCGAAGGAGCGCACAUAGAGCAGUACCUGCUGGAGAAGUCUCGCGUCUGCCAUCAGGCGCGAAUGGAAAGGAACUACCACAUUUUUUACUGCCUUCUGUCAGGGAUGCCUAAAGAGCAUAAAAAAAUGCUUUUACUCGGGGAUGCAACAGAAUUCAACUAUCUCACUGAGGGAAGCUGCAUCUCAUGUGAUGGAAGGGACGACGCAGAGGAGUUCGAGCGCGUCCGCACAGCCCUCAAAGUACUCACCUUUUCCGACAGGGAAUGCUGGGAUAUAUUUAAACUGUUAGCUGCCAUUCUUCACCUGGGCAACAUUAAAUUUGAAGGCGGCACAGUGAACUACAUGGACGCAUGUGAAGUUAUAUUGUCGGAGCAUUUCACAGCCGCUGCUAAGCUGUUAGAGGUUGAUAAAGAACAUCUGGAAGCGAGUCUGACCUCUCACACUAUUGUGACCAAACAAGAGCAACUGACGAAACCUCUAAGUUCAGAACAGGCUCUGGACUGCAGGGACGCUCUGGCCAAGGCCGUCUACACCAAACUGUUCAUGUGGAUUUUUGGGAAAAUGAACGGUGCCAUCCAUAAACAGCAGACAAGCAGCUCGUACACUCAGAGGUCCAUCGGCCUGCUGGAUAUAUUCGGCUUCGAGAACUUUCGAGUGAACAGUUUCGAGCAGCUGUGCAUCAACUACGCUAACGAGCAGCUGCAGCAGUUCUUCGUGGAGCACAUCUUCAAGCUGGAGCAGGAGGAGUACCUCAAGGAGGGAGUCAAGUGGAAGAACAUCUCCUACUCCGAUAACCAGCACACACUCGACCUGCUGGCGUCACAGCCGCUCAACCUGCUGUCUCUGAUCGACGAGGAGACACACUUCCCCAAGGGCACAGACAAGUCCAUGGUGGAGAAAAUGAACAACCAUCACAGCAGCAGCAAGAUCUACGUCCCACCCAAGGCCAACCACAUCCUGGAGUUCGGGGUCCGACAUUUUGCCGGCGUUGUGUACUACGACUGUAAAGGGUUUCUGGAGAAAAACCGGGAUGUGUUGAGUUUGGACAUCAUCACGCUGAUCCAGAAAUCCUCCAGCAAGAUGCUGAAGCUGAUCUUUGAGACGGAGCUGAACACCUGCAGAGCCUUACCCGUUACCAACAACAACAACAACCACCACCACCGCAGGGUCAUCAUCAAGCAGAAGAAACCCACACGGCCUUUACAGCAGGGGAGCGAGCAGCGCAGGCAGAUCUCCACCCUCAGCGGGCAGUUCAGGCAGUCGCUGGACUCUCUGAUGAAGGCCCUGUCUCUGUGCCAACCUUUCUUCAUACGCUGCUUCAAACCCAACGACAGCAAGCUCUCUAUGGUGUUCGACCGGGAUCUGUGCAUGGAGCAGCUGCGGUACUCAGGUGUCCUGGAGACCAUUAAAAUCCGCAGACUGGGAUACCCGAUCCAGCACAGGUUCGAGGAGUUCCUGGGACGCUAUCGAGUUUUACUGAAGUCGACCGAGUGCGAUCCCAGCAAGGAGUCUGUUUCUAACUGCUGUGUCGCCAUCUGCAGAGCGGUCAUUAAAAGCCAAGACGACUGGAGGAUCGGCAAGACUAAGAUCUUUCUCAAGGAUCAUCACGACUCGUUUCUGGAGAUAGAGAGAGAGCGAGAACUCAACAGGAAAGCACUCAUCAUCCAGAGAGUGAUGCUCGGCCACAGAGACAGGAAGAAUUUUAUCAGGAAACGAGGUGCAGCUGUGACUGUGCAGAGGUCUUGGCGCUCUUAUAAAGAACAGAAAGAGAUUAAAAUACUGCGUCGGGGUCUGAUGCGUCUCCAGGCACUGGUACGUGCUAAGAAGAGGUUGCUGCAGUACCAACGCGAACGAGCCGCUGCUGUCACGCUGCAGAAGCAAACACGCCGUUACCUUGCCGCGAAAGACUUAAGGCGUAAACAGGAUUCUGCUGUAGUGCUGCUGCAGGCCCAAACCAGAGGCCUGCUCGCCAGGAGGCGAUUCAAACACCUUAAAGAUGAUGCAUUCUCGUCAGCCCGGGAAGAUCAGGAUCGUCUGGAACGUCAGGAACAUCAGCAUUGGGAACUCGCAAAUGUGAAGCUCCAACAGAAGACCAUCCUCCAAACUGAUGAGACUCAAAAUAAACAAGAGGAGAAAAGGAGUGAAGAGGAAAUGGUGGAAGACAUGUUCCGGUUCCUUCCCAAGUCCACAGAAAGACAGGAGGUGCUGAGUAAAAGCGUCACACGGGAAGAACGAAUUGUAGAGCCAAAGAAGGAUGAAGUGACAGAGAAAGCUGUGCAGAUUGUAAUAACUCCAGCGACUGUAAACGACAACAACUCUGACGAAGAGGAAGAAAAGAAAGAAGAGGAGGACAAGCAUGAGGACCAUGAUGAUUAUUAUGAUGAUUAUGAUGAUGAGUUCUCGUUCGCCAAGUUCGCUGCCAUGCAUUUCCAGCACUCUGCUACUCACACGUACAUCCAGCAGAGACUGAAGAGCCCGCUGCUUUACCACGAGGACGAAGGAGAGGCGCUGGCGUGUCUGACCGUUUGGUGGAUCAUUCUGAGAUUCAUGGGUGAUAUUUCCGAGCAGAGGACGGCUCGCAUGUCUAUAACCGCGGACCUCAUCCAGCAGCACCUUGGUCAGCGCCAGGGCCGACGUCUUAGUCACUUCGUUGGUUUGGACCAGAAAAUCCUGCGUAAAAAACAAAAACAGAACAACAAGAGGAAACACUCCACCAUUGUGGAGGAGGGACCCAUGGAGGACAUCGCUGAAGAAGACGACAUUAUGAUUGGAGAGGGACCCAGUUUGGAUCGUCCCAUGACCACCUUGGAGAAAUUACACAUCAUUGUAGGAUACGGCUUACGCAGACCGCACAUUCGAGAUGAGAUCUACUGUCAGAUACUUAAGCAGCUGUCGGAGAACACGGACCGGAUGAGCCGAAGGAAAGGCUGGAUACUUCUCUCUAUAUGUCUCGGGAUUUUCCCUCCAACUGAGCUCCUGAUUCAGUACGUGGAGCAUUUUAUUCAUCGUGGACCUGCCGAGUUCUCCUCCUCCUGUGCCGAACGCCUCCAGAGGACGCUGACUAACGGAGAGAGAAAAGAAGUGCCAUGCUGGAUCGAGCUGGACGCCGUGGAGAUGAAGAAGCCCAUGAAGGUAGACGUGACCCUGGCGGACGGCCGUGUCCUCACUCUCCCCAUAGACUCGGCCAGCGUCUCAUCGGAGCUCUGCAGAGCCGUCGCGAAGAAAAUCAAUCUGAAGGACACGUUCGGGUUCUCCAUCUACAUCUCCUACCGCGACAAGAACUGGUCUCUAGGCAGCACCGGGCAACACGUCCUGGACGCCAUCUCUCAGUGUGAGCAGGAGGAGAGGAGGCAGGGGCAGGACGAGAGCGGGGCUCCGUGGGGUCUCGCUUUCCGGAAAGAGUUCUUCACUCCGUGGCACGACUGCACCGAUGACCCCAUCAGCACCGAGCUCAUUUACACACAGAUCAUCCACGACCUCCAGUCUGGAGAGUAUCAGUGUGAUGAGGAGGACGACUAUGUGCAGCUUGCAGCCAAGCACUAUUACAUUAAGUACGGCAAGGAGAGCAGCAGGGACAAGGCUAGGAGCAUCGUGUGGGAGUGUCUGAGCCUCAAUCUGAUUGAGAACAAAUCAGAGGUCAAGCUGGUGCAGCUGGUCGGCGACGCCCAUGAAAAGGGCACGUACGUGAACUCCGGGGCGACUCCCGAUAGCGUGAAGGCUGAAGUGGUCGAGUUCGCGCGUCUCCACUGGCCCAUUUACUUCUCGAAAUUUUACGAGGCGUCUGUGAUUUCAGGUCCCGGUUUACCUGAGGAGAAGCUGGUGGUGGCUGUUAACUGGUACGGCGUUUCGUUUCAGGAAGGAAAGGAGAGAACGUACCUGAAGCUCCCGUACACACGGUUGACGGGGGUCCAAAUAGUCAGUGAGGGUCGGAUGGGGGAGGUGGUGCGACUCUCCACGCUCAGAGACGAGUAUAAGCUAGUAGCGACUUACGCUCACCACAUGGUGGAGCUGCUGUCUAAGAUCCUCAACGGGCUGAAGGAGCGCUCCGUCUACGCUCUGGCUCUCCAGGACUGCAACAGGCCAGAUGACGCAACGUUCCUGAGCUUUAAAAAGGAAGAUCUCAUCAACAUCAUUAAAGACGGACAGUACGCCUCUGGGGAAGGGUGGAUUAAUGGGACCAACGAUAGGACAGGACAGAGCGGAGCCGUUUCUACAGACGCCAUCAUGAUCCUGCACACACUGAGAAGACCCUCCGAUGACGUCCUGGGUUCGAGAAAAUCUCUGAUGAUGGUUCCAUCGAGUGACGAUUUGGCAGAGAAAGUGACUCAAUUUUCACUCAAAGAGUUCUCCUACGAGUUCUUCAGAGAGCCGAGUAAGGAUGCGGGACGUCAGGGUAAAGCCAGGGUGCGAGAGAAACUGUGGGUCCGAUCGAGAGAACCGCUCAAACAGCCGCUGCUGAGGAGUCUGCAGAAAAACUCUGAGCUCAGCCAGCUGGCCUGCACCUCCUACAGUGCCAUUCUCAAGUACAUGGGUGACUACCCCGUCAAAACCUCAAGGAACCAUGUAGAGCUGACAGACCUGAUCUACGGACCUGCACUAGAGCACCCCGACCUCAGAGAUGAAGUUUACUGCCAGAUCAUGAAGCAGCUAACCAACAAUAACAACGGGUUGAGUACCGAGCGAGGCUGGCAGCUGUUGUGGCUUUGCUGUGGACUUUUCCCUCCGAGUCCGGCUUUGGUAAAACACACCCAGCGCUUCAUAGAGUCCAGACCCAGAGAGCCCCUCUCAGCGGCGUGUCUGCAGAGACUACAGGGGAUGCUCAGCCUGGAGGCCAGAACGAGUCCCCCUCAUCAAGUGGAAGUGGACGCCAUCCAGCAAAACAGCUCCCAGAUCUUCCACAAAGUUCAUUUCCCUGAUAACACAGCAGAUCUCUAUGAAGUCACCACGACUACGAGGAUCCGUGAUCUGUGCCGCAGCAUCGCCAAUCAGCUCAUGCUCUCGUCCCCUGACGGCUACUCCCUGUUUGUGAAAACCUCAAACAAGGUCGUGAGCAUGAACGAGCAGCUGUAUUUCUUCGACGACCUGAAGGAGCUCACAGAUGCCCCGAAGAAAGCAAAGAAAGGCAAAGAGCAGACUCCGACGACCGUUCCUUAUCUGGUGCUGUUCAUGAGGAAGCUGUGGUUUAAUGUGAUUCCUGGGAAAGAUCUCAAAGCUGACCUCAUGUUCCACUUCCCCCAGGAGUUGCCGAAGUACCUGCAUGGCUAUCACAGCGUGGAAAAGGAGGACCUGAUCGAACUGGCCGGACUCCUGUUCAGGGUGCGAGUGGACGCAGACCGAUCCCAGUUCGUCAUGAUCCCCAAAAUGAUGAAGGAUCUCGUCCCCUUCGAUCAGCACAAGAUCAUGUCCACUGAUGACUGGAAAAAGCACAUAAUCAGUGUGUACAACAAGCAGGCAGGGAUCACAGUAGACGAGGCUAAAGUUCGCUUUCUGAAGAUCAUCGCGUCCUGGCCCACGUUCGGCUGCGUUUUCUUUGAAGUGAAGCAAACCUCUGAGCGCAGUUAUCCCAGCCUCAUCACCAUCUCCAUCAGCAAACAGGGAGUCAGCCUCAUCGACCCCAAGACCAAGGAGGUGCUGGUUAUGCACCCGUUCAGCAAAAUCACCAACUGGUCCAGCGGCACCACCUACUUCCACCUGACCAUCGGCAACCUGGUGAAGGGAACCACACUGCUCUGUGAGACCUCUAUGGGAUACAGGAUGGAUGACUUGCUGACCUCGUACGUGAACAUGUAUCACAACAUGCACGACAGGGCGCUGAUGAGACAAAAGAGCCAGCGCUUGUUUUAACCAACACACACACACACACACACACACACACACACGCACACACACACACACACACACACACACUGUAAGAGUUAGCCCUUACAUACAUCUUAUUUAAUAAAUUCUAUUUAAAAUUAUUGCUGAAAGUUAAAAGUCCUGGAGUGUUCACGUGGGUUAAAGCUUUAAACGUUAUUAAUGAUUAGAUUUCACCUUUUAUUUUAUUCAUUAUAUGGUGUUAAUAAUUCACUUUGAGUUUGUUAAAAUGUUAUAUAAACCAUUCA